GCCUUGGAUGAGCUGACCAUGACAGCAAUAGGCUCUACGCAAAUUUCUCAACCAAUCAAUCUUUUUUGAGCUCAUUGUACAUAUACGGAGGGUCGGGAGAACAAGAACAUCACGAAUAGCUCGUGCUGUUGGGUGAAAUAAAAAGAACUAAGAUUAUUUUAAAAACAAUUGUCAACCCUAACGACAUCGCAUGUUUGCAUAUCUACAUUUGAGUUAGAUUGAUUCUUACGUCCAAAUAUCAAUAAGUCAUUAUCAUAUUCAAACUUUAAUAGCAAGGGAACAAUUAUAGUGGAUAAAGAAAAAACUUAUUAGUCUCUCUGAGCUGAUAAUAAAAUAUUUUUCGAUCCUGAGAAAAGAUGCCAAGAAAUCCAUCAGGACCUAGCUAGUAGCAAGUUUGUCACGGAAGAAAUAUUAAAUAAAUAUAUCUUAAGCCCUUUUGAAAUUUAAAAUGAAAAUCAGUGUUGAAAAAUUAACACUUUUGGUUAAGACGCACCAAUAUGAGAUUUUUCUUGGAUUGUGUGCCUUAUUUUUGGCGUACGUCAUUGCGCUGGUGAUAAAGAAAUUUAGAAGUAAUCUUCCCCCAGGACCGAUGGGAUUGCCAAUUAUUGGAUACCUUCCUUUUCUGACGAAAGAACUGCAUCUGGAUUUUAUGAAAUUAGGCCAGAAAUAUGGAGAUGUUUUCAGUGUGAGAUUAGGAUCUCAAGACAUCGUUAUACUGCAUGGAGGAGAUGCCAUAAAAGAAGGAUUUAACAAACCCGAAUUGCUGGGCAGACCGCCAAACUGUGCCUUAGAGAAAUUUAGUCCACAAAGUGCAUUUUUCAGUAGUCAUUUUCAUCUCUGGAAAGAACAACGCAGAUUCGUGGUGCAAUCCAUGAAGGAUCUCGGUCUUGGCAAAACGAAAAUUGAGGAAGCCGUGAUGGAUGAAAUCAAUCAUUUCAUGGACGUCUUAAGAAGUUAUAAAGGUCAACCAAUAGAUGUCAAAGAACCUUUGUCUCCCAGCAUGUCCAACAACAUCUGCGCUUUGGUCUUCGGAAAGCGAUUCGAAUACGAUGAUCCCGAACGUCAGUUCUUGGACAAGAACAUCGACGAAAUAUUCGAAUAUUUUUCUCAGAUUUCUCUGGAUGUGGUGUUUCCCUGGUUGUAUUACGUUCCUUUUGUUAGUAAACUUAUAAAAUCUGAUAAAUCAAGGAUUGCCUUCCAAAAUUAUAAAAGAUUUUUUCAGAAGGAAUUAACUGAGCAUUUAAAAACUUUCGAUCCUUCUCACGCACGAGAUUUCAUAGACAGAUAUUUAAUAGAAAUAGAAAUACAGAGAGCAAAAAAUCCCAACACUACUUUCAAUCAUAAUAUGUUAAUGAACAAUGCCAUAGACCUGUUCGACGCUGGUAGUGAAACUGUCCGAACUUCGAUUCAUUGGUUCAUAUACGUCAUGGCUGCCUUUCCUGAUGUUCAGAAGAAAGUUCAAAAAGAGAUAAUGGAGGUGAUAGGUUCAGAAAAGACACCAGAAUACAUGGAUAUGAGAAAUAUGCCCUAUACACAUGCGGUCAUGUUGGAAAUAAUGAGAUGGAAAACUAUAGUUGCGCUAAAUCUAGUGCAUUAUGCUCUGGAGGAUGCUACGGUGGGGGGAUACACUAUACCAAAGGGAACGACCGUAAUCGCCAACUUCUGGGCCGUUCACCACGAUCCAAGAUAUUGGGACGAACCAGAGGAAUUCAAACCGGAAAGAUUUCUCAGCAAAGAUGGCAAGUCUGUGGUAAAGCAGAGCUACUUCAUGCCGUUUUCCUUAGGACGAAGAGUGUGUCCGGGUGAAUCCAUGGCUUAUUUGGAAAUGUUCCUGUACUUUACUUCUAUUCUACGAGAAUUCGAUAUAGUCUUCCCUGAUGGUACAAAGCCAACUUUCGAUGCGAAAUAUAUCGUCACCUACAGGCUGGAUCCCUAUCUGGUGCGAUUCAUCCCAAAGAAUUAACAUAUAGUGAUAUGAGAAGAUAAUAAAAUGUACUAAGAUGAUCUUUUUAGAGAAACUGUGCAUAAAAACUUAUCUACCUUAUUUUUUGUAAAAAUGCAGCAAUGUAUAAUGUCUUCAAACAUGUAUGCAGCUUAUAAUGUCCCAUCAUCCAUGUAUUUCAAGUAAAAAAAUAAAAAUCGUAAGCAAAAAUAAAUAA